AUGGCUUUAACCCGGCUCUGCGCCCUGCUCGCCUGCUGCUGGGGGCCGGCGGCCGUGCUGGCCACGGCCGCGGGCGACGUGGACGCAUCCAAGGAGCUGGAGUGCAAGCUCAAGAGCAUCACGGUGUCGGCGCUGCCCUUCCUCCGCGAGAACGACCUGAGCAUCAUGCACAGCCCCUCGGCCUCGGAGCCCAAGCUCCUCUUCUCGGUGCGCAACGACUUCCCGGGGGAAAUGGUCGUGGUGGACGACCUGGAGAACACGGAGCUGCCUUACUUCGUGCUGGAGAUCUCGGGGAACACGGAGGACAUCCCUUUGGUGCGCUGGAGGCAGCAGUGGCUGGAGAAUGGUACUCUGCUCUUCCACAUCCAUCACCAGGACGGUGCCCCGAGCCUCCCUGGACAAGAUCCCACUGAGGAGCCCCAGCACGAGUCUGCAGAAGAGGAGCUGAGGAUUCUGCACAUCUCCGUCAUGGGUGGCAUGAUCGCUCUGCUGCUGUCCAUCUUGUGCCUGGUGAUGAUCCUGUACACGCGCCGGCGCUGGUGCAAACGCCGCCGGGUGCCUCAGCCGCAGAAGAGCGCCAGUGCUGAAGCAGCCAACGAGAUCCACUACAUUCCGUCGGUGCUGAUCGGCGGGCACGGGCGGGAGAGCCUACGCAACGCCCGCGUGCAGGGCCACAACUCCAGUGGCACCCUGAGCAUCCGGGAGACGCCCAUCCUGGACGGCUACGAGUACGACAUCACUGACCUGCGGCACCACCUGCAGCGGGAGUGCAUGAACGGCGGCGAGGACUUCGCCAGCCAGGUCACCCGCACCCUGGACUCCCUGCAGGGCUGCAACGAGAAGGCAGGCAUGGACCUCACACCAGGCAGUGACAACGCCAAGCUGUCUCUCAUGAACAAGUAUAAAGACAACAUCAUUGCCACCAGCCCCGUGGACUCCAAUCACCAGCAGGCCACCCUGCUCUCCCACACCUCCAGUAGCCAGAGAAAGCGGAUCAACAACAAAGCACGAGCGGGCUCUGCCUUCCUGAACCCUGAAGGGGACUCCAGCACAGAGGCCGAGAACGACCCUCAGUUGACGUUUUACACGGAUCCCUCUCGGAGUCGGAGGCGCAGUCGAGUGGGUUCUCCCCGAAGCCCUGUGAAUAAGACCACCUUGACCCUGAUCAGCGUCACCAGCUGUGUGAUCGGCCUCGUGUGCUCCUCUCACGUCAGCUGCCCUCUCGUUGUCAAAAUCACCCUGCAUGUCCCCGAGCACCUGAUCGCCGAUGGAAGCCGCUUCAUCUUGCUGGAGGGGAGCCAGUUGGAUGCCAGUGACUGGUUGAACCCUGCCCAAGUGGUUCUCUUCUCUCAGCAGAACUCCAGCGGGCCCUGGGCCAUGGACCUCUGUGCCCGGCGGCUCCUGGAUCCCUGUGAACACCAAUGUGACCCCGAAACUGGUAGGCGGGAGCACCGGGCAGCGGGGGAGUGCCUCUGCUAUGAAGGUUACAUGAAGGACCCAGUGCACAAGCACCUCUGCAUUCGGAACGAAUGGGGGACAAACCAGGGGCCUUGGCCUUACACAAUAUUUCAGCGAGGUUUUGACCUGGUUUUGGGAGAGCAGCCCUCUGAUAAAAUAUUCAGGUUCACCUACACCCUGGGAGAGGGCAUGUGGCUGCCGCUCAGCAAGAGCUUUGUGAUUCCUCCAGCUGAACUGGCCAUCAACCCCUCCGCCAAGUGCAAGACAGAUAUGACCGUGAUGGAGGACGCUGUGGAGGUCAGAGAAGAGCUGAUGACGUCCUCGUCCUUCGACAGCCUGGAGGUUCUCUUAGAUUCCUUUGGGCCGGUGCGUGACUGCAGCAAAGAUAACGGGGGCUGCAGUAAGAAUUUCCGCUGCAUUUCAGAUCGGAAGUUGGACUCCACCGGCUGUGUGUGCCCCGCCGGACUCAGCCCCAUGAAAGACAGCUCCGGCUGCUACGACCGCCACAUCGGGGUGGACUGCUCGGACGGCUUCAACGGCGGCUGCGAGCAGCUGUGUCUCCAGCAGAUGGCGCCUUUCCCAGACGACCCCACCCUGUACAACAUCCUCAUGUUCUGCGGGUGCAUCGAGGACUACAAGCUUGGCGUGGAUGGACGCUCUUGCCAGCUCAUCACGGAGACCUGCCCAGAGGGAGGUGACUGUGGGGAGAGCAGGGAGCUUCCCAUGAACCAGACUCUCUUUGGGGAGAUGUUCUUUGGUUACAACAAUCAUUCCAAGGAGGUGGCCGCUGGGCAGGUGCUGAAAGGAACGUUCAGGCAAAACAACUUUGUUCGUGGAUUAGACCAGCAAUUGCCAGAUGGACUUGUGGUGGCCACUGUCCCCCUGGAGAAUCAGUGCCUAGAAGAAAUCUCGGAGCCCACUCCCGAUCCUGACUUCCUGACUGGGAUGGUGAACUUCAGUGAAGUGUCUGGGUACCCCGUGCUGCAGCAUUGGAAGGUCCGGUCUGUGAUGUACCACAUCAAACUCAACCAAGUGGUCGUCUCUCAGGCCCUCGGCAAUGCUCUCCAUUCCCUGGAUGGGGCUACAUCUCGUGCAGAUUUUGUGGCUUUGUUGGACCAGUUUGGCAAUCACUACAUCCAGGAAGCUAUCUACGGCUUCGAGGAGUCCUGUUCUAUCUGGUAUCCAAACAAGCAGGUGCAGCGGCGACUCUGGCUGGAAUAUGAAGACAUCAGUAAAGGCAACUCCCCAUCAGAUGAGUCGGAGGAGCGGGAAAGAGACCCCAAGGUGCUGACGUUCCCAGAAUACAUCGCAAGCUUGUCUGACUCCGGAGCGAAGCGCGUGGCGGCCGGAGUACGGAUGGAGUGCCAGAGCAAGGGACGCUGCCCCUCGUCCUGCCCCCUGUGCCACGUGACAUCCAGCCCUGACACCCCCGCCGAGCCGGUUCUCCUGGAAGUGACCAGGGCUGCCCCCAUCUAUGAACUGGUGACCAACAACCAGACCCAGAGGCUCCUGAAAGAGGCCACCAUGAGCUCUCUCUGGUGCUCAGGGACUGGAGAUGUCAUCGAGGAUUGGUGUCGAUGUGACUCCACUGCCUUUGGAGCUGAUGGACUCCCUACCUGUGCGCCUCUCCCCCAGCCUGUGCUGAGACUCUCCAUGGUUCACGAGCCCAGCAGCACCCUCGUGGUCCUGGAGUGGGGACACUCAGAGCCGCCCAUUGGGGUGCAGGUUGUUGAUUACCUCAUCCGUCAAGAGAAAGUCACUGACAGGAUGGACCACUCCAAAGUGGAGACAGAAACGGUGCUGAGCUUUGUGGACGACAUCAUCUCUGGGGCAAAGUCUCCGUGUGCUAUGCCGUCGCAGGUUCCAGACAAGCAGCUCAGCACCAUCUCUCUCAUCAUACGGUGCCUGGAACCUGACACCAUUUACAUGUUCACGCUGUGGGGAGUGGACAACACAGGACGGCGCUCCAGGCCCAGUGAUGUGAUUGUGAAGACCCCUUGCCCUGUGGUGGACGAUGUCAAGGCUCAAGAAAUAGCCGACAAGAUCUACAACCUCUUCAAUGGCUACACCAGUGGGAAGGAGCAGCAGACAGCCUACAACACUCUUCUGGACCUGGGAUCCCCCACCUUACAUCGAGUCCUCUACCACUACAACCAGCACUACGAGAGUUUUGGUGAAUUCACCUGGCGGUGUGAGGAUGAACUAGGACCCAGGAAAGCCGGACUCAUCCUUUCCCAGCUUGGUGAGCUCAGCAGCUGGUGCAACGGACUCCUUCAGGAACCCAGGAUAAGCCUGCGCCGCAGCUCCCUCAAGUACCUGGGCUGCCGCUACAGCGAGAUCAAGCCCUACGGACUUGACUGGUCCGAGCUCAGCCGGGACCUCAGGAAGACGUGCGAGGAGCAGACCCUCAGCAUCCCAUACAAUGACUAUGGGGACAGCAAAGACAUCUAGCACCGUGCAGCCAGGGAGUGGCUGCCAGAAUGAAGCCAGAGAGCGGGGACGGAGGCAGCUGGCUUGGAUUGUGGAUUUUUAAUAUUUUUAAUGGAACGUUAGCACCUCCAUAAGCAACACCCAAAGCAAGGGAGACUGGCCCCUCGCGAUUUCUUCAGUUUGCUGUUCUCCAUCUGCAUGAACGACACCUGCCAGCCAGUGCCUCCAGCAGUGCUUUUUCUUUAGAAGUUGAGUUUGAGGCUUGUUUUGCCAGUCAUUUGUUUUCCUCAUUUGUCUUUCUCCAAGAGGGUCAUCAAAAUGCUCAAGAAGUUCUGUCUUGCUUCCCAUGGAAGGUCUACAAGGUUGAGGCAUCUGUGCCUCAAUUUCUGAGUCCACUGCAGUUGGGGGACACAGGUGAGGCCAGAAAGCUGUUAGCUCUGCCUUCAGGCAUUCCUUAGGAAGCACCUUACUCUGGGAGCCCACAUCCUGCUCACAAAGUUAGCAAGAAAAUGAGGGAAGGUGGUGCCUGUCUAUGCUUCCUGUCUCUUCUCCCAGGCCUUCCCAUUGCUAUCUCCAUCCCUCAGAGGUGAACCCAGCUUCUGUGAUAGGCCCCCGGGAGCCUCUUGGGUGUUUUAAGCCAGGACUGGGAUUCAGUCUUCCUCUGACAGAUCUCUAUCAUCUCCUUGGAACAACACCCCUUGGAGAGGCAAGGAGACGCCACUGCAAAAUCUUCUGGAACAAGGUGUUUUUCAGAGACAACAAAAUGCUCUUGGCAAGUGCACCUUCAGAGAAGUCUACCUGGGCGACUCAGACAUCCACAUUCUAGAAAAGAAGUGGAGUUUAUUGUUUUACAAAGCUCCCGUGCCUCCUUUGGAUGAACUUCUUUGGAGCCGUAAGUCUUAGCGUCCGGAUUCUCUUCACUCCCUGAACCUCAUACCUUGGACAGAUAAGGCUUGAUUGACAUGUGACCUGGUCCAGGAGGGGUCCAAACUUUCUUGUCAGUGUUUUAGUGAAUUACCACUAUUGUUGAUGACACACAUGGAACCACUGUCCCUUCCGCUCUUAUUAUAUUUGCUUAACCAUGUUCACCAGUUCUGCAAAUUAUUUCUCUGAUGGACAUCAGCAGGACGGAGGUCACUGCCCAUUGAGUUGCUGGGUGUAGGCAAGUGCCACUGACCACAGUCAAGGGCUGAUAGGGCAUCUCCACCCUACUGCCCUGGUGUUGAUGUGGGCAGCAGCAGAAGCCUGGGUAACAGGAAGCUCAGUCGUUCCCAAACAGCCACUCAAGGCCAUUUGGACCACAGUGGCUUUUGUCGUCCACACCCGUGAGGCCCAAACACGUAGAUCAACCACCUUGCCUUGUGCUGAGGUGGGCACAUGAGGAAGAUCUAGAAGGAGAGGCAGGAUCUGUAAGGCCAGUGUGAACUAUGCUGAACUUAGGAAUAGUGGCAGGUAGGGUUGAUGGGGUGUUUAUUGUGUGCCGAGACAUUGCAGUAGUCACUUCACACAUCAGUGAGUCCCACAACAAACCCUUGCAGAAAAUGCUAUUCUUACUCAUUUCAGCCACGAGGAACUGAGGAGACAGAGGUAACGUCUCUGGCCUCAGUUUUCCCCAGCACUGUACACCCCAGCCGUGAUUUGAGUUCAGGCUGUUGGACUUCGGAGCACAAGAUCUUAACCACCCUGCAAUCCUCAAUACCGCUCUCAGGGUCUGCAGCGUGCGGCUGUCUGAGUGCUAAGCUCCGCAGCGACCUGCCCAGGGAGCUUUGCCUUUCCCUAGCAUACAAGGCAUGGGUGUGCCCGCUGUAUGCCCACUGUGCAGUGGCGGGGAGGAGCCAAAGUGCACCCUUACCCACGCAGCCUCCCCACUGGUGACAGGAAUGAAGCCUGUGGUAGGACUGAAGGCACCGGUUCAGCUCACCCCCUUCCCUGCUUGUUUCCAGAGAAACAUUCAGAUCUUUAUUUCAUGCUCUCUACAGAGAUGUGCCUGCCACAGAGACUCCCCUCCUUCCAGAGCAAAAUGCUGGCAGAAGACUGGGCUGUCUCAGUGCAGGACCCUCAGUCAAGGGGCACGUGAGUGUUCCACCGAUGCCGGAGAGGAAGCUGUCACAGGCCGAUGGGGCAGGGCCUACAUCUUGCUGCCACUGUUGCCCCCUCUCAUUCCUGUCGUUGUGGGAUGGUGGGGAGGCUGCCAAUGCUUUCCUGCCCCAGUGUGGUGAGCUGGGAGCUGACGGGCAAGGGGGAGGGAAGGAUGCACUGGGGUCAUGCCCUGACCCCUUCCCUCUAUUUUAGAUGCCCUGUCUUCCUCUCUCCUGGCUGUUCUCCACCCUCCUGAGGCUCACGCAUGCAUCCCCAUUCCUGUCCUUUGCUUUGCCUCUCUGUGACCCUCCUCUACUCCCUGCUGCCCCGCAGUUCUCUUUCUGAUUUUGUUACCCUUCAUGUCCCCUCACUCUGUGUGUGUGUGUGUAGGGCAUGUACACAUGUACACGUGCACAUCCAAACAUACACAUACCCCCCCAGCCACACAUACCCCCUCCUGUGGCUGUGUCUGACUGACUUUCAAGUUAUAGAGCUCAAUAUGAAUUAUCUAAUGAGGGUAAUCUUAGGGUGGUGUUACAGUUAAGGGGAGGAUUUCUGUCCCGGGAAGGCACCGUCAAUCACAUCCUGCUGACACUGCCCAAAGCUGGCUGGGAAGAACCCAUCCUGGCUAGGAAAGAGGAUGCUACGGGACCAGUAUUAAACCUCAGAUUUUCAAGCUGCCAAACCAGGUCUUCAGGGAGGGCCCGCAUCCACCCCCACUCUCCCAGCUCUGGCGGCCCCUUGAGACCUCUGGUGUUUCCUCUUGAAUGUCCACGAACCUCUGUGUUAGCAUUAGACCUUUAACCGCGUGUGCACCACUUUCCCUGGAGUGUGGUCCAUUCAUUGUUUUUAGUUAACCUCACUUCCUGAUACUCAGAUGUUCUAUUAAAAAACCGAGUGCGAAGUAAACACCCACCUUAUUACCGUAGAAGGAAGAAAGAAUAUAAUGUGGCCAUCUUCAGGUAUAACAGUGUUGUUUAAGAGAGA